AUGAGUGCAUCCUGCAAACUUUUCGAGGCGUUGGCAUACAAAAAAAUGCUUUCUUUUGUUGAGGAUAAUUCCCUGCUCCAUUCACUUCAGUCAGGAUUCCGAAAAAGACACAGCACCAGUACUGCACUGGUUAAGAUUGUUUAUGAUUUGAAAUUGGCGAUCGAUAAGAGGCAGGUGACUCUUCUGGUGUCUGUGGACUUCACGAAGGCCUUCGACCUUGUCAAUGUUCAGCUGCUGAUUAAUAAGCUUGAGGCUCUUGGAUUUUCUGAUAUGGGCAGUAUUCUGGGCCCCCUACUGUUCACAUUAUUUGCUAAUGAGCUUCCCGACAUCUGCUCUAACAUCAGUACGCACCAAUAUGCUGACGAUUUUUUCAUAUACGCAUCGGGUAGUGGCGAGGAGGUCGGGAUGAUUGCGGACAGAGUUGGUGCUGUGCUGGAUGCGGUCUCUUCCUGGGCAACGGUUAAUGGUCUGAUUCGGGCUUCAGUUGAUCCACCUACUCUAAUUAUGGGCAAUGUUCCGCUAGAGUUUUCAUCAGAGAUUACUGUGCUUGGUGUUGUCCUGGACAGUGAACUUACACUCAGAGCUCAUUGCACUGCGGUUUCCAGGAAGUGCUUUGGCACAUUAUCGUGUCUUCGAAGAUGCAGAGAUUGUUUGCCGGUGGAUACUCAGCUGCUGCUUGUCAAGCUGCUAGUUUUUCCUCAUCUGGAGUACUGCGCGUCUCUUUUCUUGGGCAUCUCUGGUGAAAUGAGACGCAAGCUUGAACGAUGCAAAAACGCUGCACUGCGCUUUGUAGAUGGUACGCCCAAGUGGUAUUACAUCACGCCUGUGUACGAAAAGUACUCGAUUGUGAGUCUGAAAGGUAAAACUAAAUAUGUCACCAUUUGUCUACUUGUCUCGGUCAUGCGCUACAAGGUCCCGGGGAAUGGCAUGGAAGGCGACCUCGUAGUCGUUGGAGACUUUAAUGCAAGAGCAGUAGAAUGGAAAAUGCCUGCAACGAGUUCUAAGGGCCAGGCAGUCCUAGAUAUGGUGUCAAGGCAAGGACUGGUAGUUGUUAACGAAAUAACGACCACAAAUUACCGAAGGCCGAAAUUUAGCGAAUCAAUACCAGACAUAACAAUGGUUUCGGAGAGCCUUGCACCGAAAGUGAAGAAGUGGCAGGUAAUUGAAGACAAAAAUGGAAGCCAUCUUCAAUGUAUCGUCCUUGGAAUUACUGAUACAAUAAACAAAAAAUGCAUUGCAUGCAAAACAGGAUGCAAUGUUAAGAAGCUAACCAUAGAACGACUAGCGAAAACAGUUGAGAAUGGCAUCGCUGCAAAUCAAAGCGAUACGAAACCUGAACGCAGUAGAAGGAGUACAGAAGCUUACUAA